GCGCGGGCGAAGACGAGGCGCGCGUGAUCGGCGGCGGGCCGUGCAUUUGAUGGGCUCGAUCUGCGCGGCUCCCCGCUGACCUCCUGCGGCGAUGGAGGAGGCCGACCGCGCCUGGGAGGAGGCCCUUAUGCGCCUGGAGGCGGAGGAUGGUGCUGCGGCUGCGGCCAUGGCCAUGGCCGCCGCUCCUCAAGUGGGCGGCUCUUCCACGGAGGAAGACACCGGAUGCACCCUUGCUGUCAAAUUGGAGCACUCUGUUGAGGCUAUUCAAGUUACUGCUCAGGAGGCGCUUGUGGAAUCAGGGGAAGCUGCUGAAUCUGCCGAUUUGAACAUGUGCCACGCUGCCAAUGGUGGGCUGUCGAAUCAGCAGCUAAACGGUGAACCAUUCUACUCCAGUGAUGUGCACUGCGCCGUGAUAUUUAUGGCAGAUGAUAAUCAUGAGCUGCAACAGCAAGGUGAAUGCGUACCGAAAACUGAAGCAGAGGUCUCAGCUCCUUCCGUUUCUGGGCGCCCAGAUGUUCCUUUAGACGGUAAUGCAGAUCAUGUUGGUCAAGUAUCUGGUGAUCCAGUGACAUGCGGUGUCACCGGUGGUGGGUUGUGGAACGAUGCCCCGUCUGGUGGAGGAUCUGAGUCCAAGAGUUCUGGAUGCGUCUAUGACAUGGUGGGCAAAGCACCAGAACCGAGUCAGUGCGAGGAGGCUGGUUAUAAUGACAGUUUUUCAGAUUCAGUCAAGUUUGAUAUCCAGCAGCUGCCACAUGACAUGGGUUCCAUGCUUUUCAAGGAAGAUGUCAAGUGUGAGCUGGAAAAGGAUGUUUUGCUGCCAAAAAUUGAAGCUGAGGUCUCUAGUCCUGCGCACCAAGAUUCAGCUCCUUCAACUUUUGGGAGUAGCCUUGCUGUUCCUUUAGAUGGCAAGGCUGGUGAGGUCGGUGAAAUAUCUGAUCACAAAACAGGCAUGGAGAAAGUGGCUUGCUUCUCAUCGGGAGGAGGUACGCUGUCACGUCAUAAAGGAUUUCCGAAGGAGGAGGCUCUUGGAGACGAGAUUCAGUUUUCCAGGAUGGAUGGAUGUCGUAAGAAUAGGGGCUUGGGCCAUCAGGAUUCUUCUGCUGUCGAAUUGACUUGUCCAAAUCAUUUGCCACUAGAGCUCAAUGCAUGUAAAUCUGUCGUUCGCAAACCUUGCUCUGUUGUCUUUGUCCAAAAUGGUAAUGAUGGAGAAUUGGAGAAUCAAAAGUCAGAAUCAUCAAGUGUCCCCAGGCGUAGGAAUCCAAGAAGAUCUGCCUCAGCAAGGAAUCCCACUCUUGAGAAACAUGAUCAAAUAUACAAAGGAAGCAAUAGUGCAUUCAAAUCUAAGAAGGUCGAGAGCCCAUGCUCAUUAGUUGAAAGCACCAUGAUUAAGUUCCCAAACAAAACCACUAAGUUAAGAAGUGGCAUCAACAGACCACUGAAAUCUACUGCCUGGGGCAGUCUACAGAAGCUAACAGGAGGUUUUGGCCAGAACUGCGAACCUUCUACGUCUAGUUCUCACCUGAUCUCCCUUGAAAACGAAAGAUCACAUAAAAGAUCCGUGAAGAAAGAGCAGCCAAGUAUUCGGAGGACUCGGAGUUCAAGAGGUUCAAAAAAUAAGUUCUCUCCCUUGUCUGCUAUUGGAUUUGCAUCGGAUGAAUCGAAUGGCCAACCUACCUUUUCAGUUACAACUGGUACUUAUGCCUCCUCAGAAGGUUACAUAGGAAACUUUCCAAGAUUGGAUCAUCAUGCAUUGGUCAAUGGUUCUGAUGAUGCUCACGAAACUGCACAAUGCAUGUCUAUCCAGACUGGCUUGCAGCAGUUAAACAGGUGCUUGGAGAGUACUCAAGAAACAUGCCCUGCAUACAUGUGUGGAGACUUUGCUAAAUCAACUUCUGAACCUUCUCUGAAUAUUGCUGGUGUUGGAUUUUCACCUGACUCUGUUUUGGAUGUAGCUUCUGCUACAUGUGAAAACAAUGCUUCUGCAAACCAUGAUGCUAAACUGCGUGCAAACCCAUCAUAUCCUGCUGCAUUGACCGAAAAUGGUCUUCAUGCAUCUUCUUUGUCUACCUCUGACUCUGGAAAAAAUCAUGCUUCGUCAUCAACAGAUUUGGAGCAGUGGGUCCAUACUGUGAGGGGGGAUGAGAACACAAGAAAUGAAGACAUUAAGCCAUCUCGCACCAUAUUAGGUUAUAUUGGUGAAGGAAAAGUGCAAGUCUUAGAGAAGUCCAAUGCAGCGAGGAAAAGUAAAAAAGUGGGAAAGCAAGAACUGCAGAAGAAAGAUGGAAUGAAGGGAAAGAACAUAAAAGACAGAGGUUCCACCAAAAUUAAUUUAAAACUCAGGGCCUUCUCUGAUGAUUCAUAUUCACUUGUUUCAUCAGCUCCCCCAAAUUCCGGUUCUUGUUUCGAGGUCCUAACUUCUGCUUCACAGGGUAUCAGUGUGCAUGAACAUGACAGUAUACAGAAUAAACAGAGUAACCGUAGUCCAGCUACUGAAUUUUCAGUCGAGAACUCUGCCAUUAUAUCUGCUGGAAUACCUAGAAAUUAUGCUUGCAUAGCAGAUGGGGCAUCUGUGCCACAACAACCACGUGCUGCAUGGGUAUGUUGUGAUGAUUGCCAAAAGUGGCGCUGCAUACCAACUGACUUGGCAGAUAUCAUUGGAAAAACAAAUUCCAGAUGGACUUGCAAGGGCAACCAAGACAUGUCAUUUGCUGAUUGUUCGAUACCACAAGAGAAGACAAACGCUGAGAUCAAUGCUGAGCUGGAUCUUUCAGACGCUUCUGCUGAUGAAGCUGACAAUGGUGGAUCGAACUCAAAAGCUUCUAAAGCACCAUCCUGGACACAUGCUAGGAUAAACUCAUUUCUACAUCGUAACCGGAGGAAUCAAUCUGUUGAUGAGAGCAUGGUAUGCAACUGCAAGCCUCCUCAAGAUGGCCGAAUGGGCUGUAGAGAUGGCUGUUUGAAUAGAAUGCUCAAUAUUGAAUGCGAGAAACGUACAUGCCCAUGCGGGGAGCAAUGUUCUAAUCAGCAGUUUCAAAGGCGCAGCUAUGCAAAAAUUAGCUGGUUUCAUUCAGGCAAGAAAGGCUAUGGAUUGCAGUUGCAAGAAGAAGUAUCCGAAGGACGGUUCCUUAUUGAAUAUGUUGGAGAGGUCCUUGAUGUAAAGGCUUAUGAAUCCCGUCAAAGCUAUUAUGCUUCUAAGGGCCAGAAGCAUUUCUACUUCAUGACACUAAAUGGAGGCGAGGUAAUAGAUGCCUGCACUAAGGGAAACUUGGGCCGGUUCAUCAAUCAUAGCUGCAGUCCUAAUUGUCGCACAGAAAAGUGGAUGGUCAACGGAGAAGUUUGCAUUGGAAUUUUUGCUAUGAGGAACAUCAAAAAGGGUGAAGAAUUAACGUUUGAUUACAACUAUGUCCGUGUAUCUGGUGCUGCUCCUCAAAAAUGUUUUUGCGGCACUGCCAAAUGCCGGGGUUACAUUGGCGGAGACAUAUCAGGGUCUAGUAUCAUUGUCCAAGAUGAUGCAGAAGCACAGCAUUUUGAACCCAUGAUUACAUACAAGGAUGCUCAGGAAAUGCUAGGAGAUGCAUAUUACUCUCAUGGUGCAAAUCCAAACAUUGCUGAGCAUGAAACCUCCAUGCAACAAGAAGACUCAAAUAAUGGCCCGCCUGCAACCCCAGAUUUGGAACCUCACCAACAAACUUCGCCUAUCUUAUCUGACACUAGUGAGCCCGAUAAUUCCAUAGAAGCAUGGAGCCCACAGGAUGCCGAAGAUGUCACUCGUACACCUGUGCAUGUUUCCCGAACUAUAGAGAGUUCUUUGCAGCAGUUUCCAGUACAUGCCACUCAGCCAUUAGAGUUUUUGGUGAAGACUCCCAACACGGUUGAAGAACUUUUGGCUCCAAAUGUGGUGAAUAGAUCAACACCUAGCUCUGAUUUGGGGAGCAGCCUAGUACCUGGUUCCCAUGCUAAGAAGAAAAACAGUUUGAAACAGCAUAGAAAUGUGAAACCACCAUGUCCUAUUAACAUUGAGCAUACUCUGGGAGUGGAAGGGAGACUAAACAGCCUGCUGGAUCAAGAUGGAGGUAUCAGCAGGAGAAAAGAUUCAAUAAAUGAAUAUUUGAGGCUUCUGUUUAUGACCGCAGCGGACGGUGAUGCUGGGGGCACAUCUAAAAGUAUAAGGGAUCUUGCAUUGAUUCUUGAUGCACUUCUACAAACAAAGUCAGGAGCCGUCCUCUUGGGUAUCAUCAACAUGAAUGGAUUGCAAAUGCUUCAUAAUAUAUUGAAGCAGAAUAGAGACCACUUUCUUCGAAGACCUAUAAUUCGAAAGCUUCUGAAGGUAUUAGAGUUUCUAGCUUUGAGGGGAAUCCUGACAGCUGAAAAAAUAAAUGUGGGUCCUCGAUUUAAUGGAAUGGAAAGCUUCAGGGACUCGAUGUUGAAGUUGACCCGGCAUAGUGACAGACAUAUUCAUUCUAUUGCUCGAAAAUUCUGUGAUGAAUGGAUCCUUCCCCAUAUGGGUGGACCUGCAAACUGUUCUACACAUUCAUAUUCCUCUAGAAGAAAACGCAAGAGCCGUUGGGAUUAUCAACCAGAAAGCCACUAUAGAAUGGACUGGUUACAAAUUGCGAAAGUUUAUUCUGGACAUGGAGAAGGGAAUUGGACCUUCAGUCAUAAUGAUGUUCCUGUUAUGGGAAGCUCAACAGAUGGUGCAGAUGAUGAUGUGCCUCCAGGGUUUGAGCCUCAACAGGAACUUCAGCCUGCACAAGCUUCUUUGGACCGUGGAGUUGCUCCAGGAUUUUGCCAGCAGAGGUGUUUGCCUAACAUGAGUAUUUCAUAUGGAAUUCCAAUCGCAAUAGUCCAGCACUUGGGAACUCCAGAAGUUGAAGGAACCCAGUGUGGUAAGAAAUGGAAAGUUGCACCUGGUGUGCCUUUUAAUCCUUUUCCACCAUUGCCGACCUAUCCUCGGUGGAGUCCUUGGCCUCCUUCCACUUCAUCAACUCAGACGUCUCCUCAGUGGAGUCCUUGGCCUCCUUCCACUUCGUCAACUCAGAUGUCUCAUCAUGAUGGAGCAUCCACCAUGAAACCCAACAGUUCGGGAUUCCAAGGAAGAGGUGCGGACAGAGGCGGAAGAGUACAUAGGAAUUGUCGGAAUGGGGAAAGAAGUAGAUCUCCGUAUGAUAACCGAGGAAGGAGAUUCCCAAGCAAUCAUCAUAGAUUAGAAAGAUGACUGCCCCAGGGCCUCAGGAGCAUAUGAUGGUUCAGGGUUUAGGGACAGAGAAUGACCCAGUUCCUGGCUUUGACCUCACUUAGUUGUAUACAUGGUAUCAGAAGUGUAACAGAAACUGUGUUAGCUUUUCAUUCUAUUUAACAGAACUUCUGUACUACCAUAGUACCAUUUAAUUAGUUGAAGGUAUGCUACAAAUGGGUCAUUGCCAUUGCAAUUUUGUUAUACUUCUUAGAUUCCCCAAUAUGUAACCUCAUAGGAAUAAUUGAUUUGAUUCAAAUAUUACAGGCUAAAAUGGCUAAUUUUUGUCCAUUGUCAA